GCCGCGCGCGUCCGCGCGGAAUCCCCGGGUCUCCGUUCCGCCGCCGGGAACUGCGGGGAGGCGACAUGUAGCAGCGGCCGCAGCAGAACCACCUCGUAUUUGCAACUCUUUUUUUUUUUUUUUGAGGGGCGGGGGGCGCGGCAAAAUUGCAUCUCCGCCCUCGCUUUCUUGCCUACUCCCGUGCGCAAGCUGCAUCUGCCUCUAAAAAUUGAGGGGCUCGGGGGAGGGCGGGGGGCCAUAAAUCAGAGUUGGACCGGCACUGCCCCCGCGCCUGGAGGGCCACCAUGACCGAGGAGAGCUCCGAGGUUCCCAGGGAGCUGACAGAAAGCAUAAAGGAUGUUAUUGGCAGAAAGAUAAAAAUUGCAGUGAAGAAGAAAGUAAAGUUGGAAGUUAAGGGAGACAAAGUUGAAAACAAAGUGCUGGUGCUCACAUCAUGCCGAGCCUUCCUUGUAACAGCACGGAUCCCUACCAAGCUCGAGUUAACCUUCAGCUACUUGGAGAUUCACGGUGUCAUCUGCAGCAAGUCAGCUCAGAUGGUGGUGGAAACUGAGAAGUACAACAUCUCCAUGAAGAUGGCAUCGCCCGAGGACGUGAGCGAAGUGCUAGCCCACAUCGGCACCUGCCUGCAGAGGAUAUUUCCUGGCCUCUCCCCAGUGCGAAUCAUGAAAAAAGUCUCCAUGGAGCCAUCUGACCGACUGGCCAGUCUCCAGGCUCUGUGGGACAACCAGACCGUGGCCGAGCAGGGCCCCUGUGGUGGAUUUUCUCAGAUGUACGCCUGUGUUUGCGACUGGCUCGGGUUUUCAUACCGAGAAGAAGUACAGUGGGAUGUGGAUACAAUUUAUCUGACGCAAGACACCAGGGAAUUGAAUUUACAAGACUUCAGUCAUCUUGACCACAGGGACCUAAUCCCCAUCAUUGCUGCUCUGGAAUACAAUCAGUGGUUCACAAAGCUAUCUUCCAAGGAUCUGAAGCUGUCCACCGAUGUCUGUGAACAGAUCUUGAGAGUGGUGAGUAGGUCCAGUCGGCUGGAGGAAUUGGUGUUGGAAAACGCCGGGCUCAGAACAGAUUUUGCCCAAAAACUGGCCAGUGCCCUAGCGCAUAAUCCCAACUCAGGACUCCACACAAUUAACCUUGCUGGCAACCCACUGGAGGAUCGAGGUGUGUCCUCUUUAAGUAUUCAAUUUGCCAAACUCCCAAAGGGAUUAAAGCAUUUAAAUUUAUCUAAAACCUCAUUAUCACCUAAAGGGGUGAAUAGCCUUUCUCAGUCACUCAGUGCCAACCCAUUGACCGCCACCACCCUUACCCAUCUCGACCUCUCAGGGAACGUCCUUCGCGGAGACGACCUCUCGUACAUGUACAGUUUUUUGGCCCAGCCAAAUGCCAUUGCUCAUCUGGAUUUAUCCAAUACAGAAUGUUCCCUGGACAUGGUCUGCGCGGCUCUUCUCCGGGGAUGCCUCCAGUAUUUAUCCGUGCUCAAUCUCUCCAGAGCUGUCUUUUCUCACCGGAAAGGAAAAGAAGUACCCCCGUCCUUCAAACAGUUCUUCAGUAGCUCUCUGUCUCUGAUGCAGCUCAACCUUUCAGGCACAAAACUGUCUCCUGAGCCGUUAAAAGCGCUGUUGCUGGGCCUGGCUUGCAAUCAUAACUUGAAGGGGGUUUCUCUUGAUCUCAGCAAUUGUGAGCUGAGAUCAGGAGGCGCACAAGUAUUAGAAGGCUGCAUCGCCGAAAUCCACAACAUCACCAGCUUAGAUAUCUCCGAUAAUGGUUUAGAAUCUGACCUAUCCACCUUAAUAGUGUGGCUCAGUAAAAACAGAUCAAUACAACACCUGGCAUUAGGCAAAAAUUUUAAUAAUAUGAAAUCCAAAAAUCUGACACCUGUGUUGGACAACUUAGUGCAGAUGAUUCAAGAUGAAGAAUCGCCCCUGCAGUCCUUGUCCCUGGCCGACUCAAAACUCAAGACCGAGGUCACCAUCCUCAUCAAUGCCCUGGGAAGCAACACCUCUCUGACCAAAGUGGACAUCAGUGGGAACGGGAUGGGGGACAUGGGAGCGAAGAUGCUGGCCAAAGCCCUGCAGAUCAACACCAAGCUCAGGACUGUCAUAUGGGACAAGAACAACAUUACCGCACAAGGCUUUCAGGAUAUAGCUGUUGCUAUGGAAAAGAACUAUACAUUGAGAUUUAUGCCGAUCCCUAUGUAUGAUGCUUCUCAAGCCCUAAAAACAAACCCUGAAAAAACAGAAGAGGCUCUGCAAAAGAUCGAAAACUAUCUGCUCCGGAAUCACGAGACCCGAAAGUACCUGCAAGAGCAGGCCUACCGCCUACAGCAGGGCAUUGUUACCAGCACCACGCAGCAGAUGAUUGACAGAAUAUGUGUGAAAGUACAGGACCAUCUCAACUCUUUACGAAAUUGUGUGGGAGACGCUGUCCAGGAAGACUUAAAGUCUGCAGAAAGGCUCAUGCGUGAUGCGAAGAACUCUAAAACGCUGUUACCAAACUUAUACCAUGUCGGGGGGACGUCUUGGGCAGGAACCAGUGGCUUGUUAUCCGGUCCCAUUCAAGAGACCCUGGAAUCAAUGGCUGGAGAAGUGACAAGAGUUGUAGAUGAACAACUGAAGGUGUUGCUUGAGUCCAUGGUCGAUGCCGCCGAGAACCUUUGUCCCAACGUGAUGAAGAAAGCCCACAUUCGACAAGACUUGAUUCAUGCCAGCACUGAAAAGAUUUCCAUCCCACGUACCUUUGUGAAAAACGUCCUGUUGGAGCAGUCUGGAAUUGACAUCCUUAACAAGAUUAGUGAAGUGAAGCUGACAGUGGCCUCCUUCCUGUCCGAUCGGAUUGUGGAUGAAAUCCUGGAUGCACUCUCACACUGCCAUCAUAGACUGUGUGCCUGCUGUGAUUUUUCUAGCCCAGAAGAAAAGAUGACCCCUAAGUCCAAAAGGAAGAGUAUCCAUAGCCGGAUGCUGCGACCUGUUUCCAGAGCCUUCGAGAUGGAGUUUGAUCUCGAUAAAGCGCUGGAGGAGGUGCCCAUUCACAUCGAGGACCCGCCUUUCCCGUCCGCCCGACAGGAGAAGCGGAGCUCGGGGUUUAUCUCCGAGCUGCCUUCCGAGGAGGGGAAGAAGCUGGAGCACUUCACCAAGUUAAGGCCAAAGCGGAGUAAGAAGCAGCAGCCCACCCAGGCGGCGGUCUGCGCCGCUAGCGUCGUCCCCCACGACGGUGAGCAGAACGGCCUUAUGGGGAGAGUGGACGAAGGUGUGGAUGAAUUUUUCACCAAGAAGGUGACCAAAAUGGAUUCCAGGAGAUCAUCAGCAAGAGGCUCAGAGUCCCAUGAGCUUAGCGAAGGAGGAGAUGAAAAGAAAAAGCGAGACUCUCGGAAAAGCGGCUUUCUCAAUUUAAUCAAAUCCCGGUCCAAAUCUGAGCGGCCACCUGUGGUCUUGACGAUGGACGAACCGUCCUCGCCAAAGGGGGCCGUCAGAAGUCCAGCCACGGACACCCCCAGGAAGGAUGCGAAGCCCGCGGAGCACAAUGGCAGUUCGGAGCGGACAGAGGAGAUAAAAACCCCCGACUCCCUUGAGGAAGGUCAAGGGGAGGACGUGGGCAAGGUGGAGCGGAGUGACAGCAAGAGGAGCCCGCAGGGCGGGCGGAGGUACGGUGUCCAGGUGAUGGGCAGCGGUCUGCUGGCAGAGAUGAAGGCCAAGCAGGAGAGGAGAGCGGCCUGUGCGCAGAAGAAGCUCGGGAAUGAGGCCAUCUCUCAGGAUUCCUCCAGCCUGGCCUUGGGCGGCACAGAACGGCUGGACGGAUGUGGGGCAGUGCCUAAACUGCACCCAGGUGUUGCGGAGAGCCGCUUCGGUUUGGGAACACCCGAAAAGAAUGCCAAAGCGGAGCCCAAAGUGGAUGCGGGCUCCAGGUCGCGGGGCUCUUCCAGCACACCGACCAGCCCGAAGCCCCUCCUGCAGUCCCCCAAACCCAGCCUGGCAGCGCGGCCCACCGUCCCGCAGAAACCGAGAACCUCCUCACGGCCCGGUAAGGGUUCUGCUGGGCAGGAGGUGACCCUUCACCCCACCUCACCCCCCGUCAGGCGGCAUCUAGGGCUAGCUGGAUCGCGACUCCAUCCAUGGUUCCAGGAGCUGCUGGUGAACAUGGGCACAGGGGGUCUGCAGGAGGGCUCAGAGAAACCUGCCAACAGUUUCAACAGGGACAAACCUUCCCUUUCUAUUUCAGUUUCAAGGAAGAGCUGGGGCCAGCAGGCCCAGGAGUAUCAAGAACAGAAGCAAUGGUCCUCCAGUAAAGAUGGCCACCAAGGCAGCAAGUCCAGCGACUCUGGGGAAGAAGCAGAAAAAGAGUUUAUUUUUGUGUAAAGGUCCCCCAUGCAGACUGCACAGGGUGCUCUGUUAGCCAUUAGAGAGGAACAAAGGGCAACACCUCUUCCUACUUCCGACGCUCUUCUCUUGGUGCUUUUUUCUUUUCUUUCUCCUUCUUUCUUUACUUACUUUUUGAAAACAAACAGACCCAGUUUUUGCCGUAGGGGGGAAUCCAAACACACUUGUUUGGUCUUCUCCCCACCCUGGGCGUUUGAGUUUGAAGCAUUCCUUCUAUGCCUUCAGUGAAUGCCAGCGACUCUCCAUGCGUCCUACUUGAAUUUUCUCUGAGGCAGCUACAGUUUGCCCUGCAAUUUGAGUUUUGGGAGGUGAACAAAGCAACCAGACACAUAACUCACACAAGUAAUACCAUCGGCUGACCGUGGGGCUCCGCUGUGGGUGCCCGUCACAUCUGCACUUGAUAGAGCGAUUUGUUCUUGAUGUAUGCAAUUGCACAUUGUAAGUAUAUUAACAGAGCACACUAAUAAAUAAUUUGUACAAAUUAUAUAUAUUAGAUCUCGGCUAUGGUUUUUACAUUCUCCCAUGGGGAACUUCUUCCUUCCUGAUGUGGAAUUGUACAUUUAAAUUUGGUCGGUGACCUUUGUAGGACCAUCAGUAAGCACAGUGAAGAACAGAGUGAGAGAGGCCUGCGGCUGAUGCUAUCAUGUGCCGGGGUCAAUGUACAUAGUUGAUUGGAAUGAAGUUUUAUGAGUGUUCGUGAUUUUCAAAGGCCUUUAAUUUCUGUCUGCAUAUUAGCUUUUAAUGUAUGAUUUGAAGAAAGAAUACUUUGACACCUGUAAAAAAAUCAAAACACUACUCUUUUUAAGACAUUUCACGAAUAUUCACUUACAUUACAGGCUGAGGUAUUUUAUUCAUAUGUAUAUUUAUACCAAUAAAAUGAUUUUACAAGUGGAA